GAGCCGUGUCUCGGCAGGCCGCGCUCUCUGCCUCCUGCUGCUCUGCGGCUGGGGCUUGGCGGCCCUCGGCGAGGACGGCUCCGCUCUUCCCUCUGUCCCUUCUUGUGGAUGGCAUCACAUUGGCAACUUCCAGACCUCUGCAGUGAGCCAGGACUGCUGAUAAAUGAUGUUGCUGUGGAAGUGGAGAUGAUUCAGAAAAAUACUUCUUCUAAAUCUGAAAAUGAAACACUAAGUAGAUCCCAAAAUGUAACAGACAGAGUGCAGAGUGUAACCCCAACAAAAGAGGAGAGCCCAACAGCAGCUAAAAGCAGUUCAGCAACUGCAGCAAAAGCAUCAACAGUGAAAGGUGAUUCUCCACCACCCGUUCUCUCUCAUCUGGUGACUGCUAGUCCGGUGUCUCAAAUGGAUGUUGAUGCUUCUGAAGCUACCAAAAUUGAGGAAGAGGAUCUUCUAACAGAUUUGAAAGACACAAUAAAUAGUUCACCACCCGCCAUAAAAGAAAUGAUUGACUCAGAUGGAGGGGACGACUAUGGCCCUUACGAAAUGACAUCAAAUUCCAGAUACAACGCAGACCCGGAGGUGCCAGAAGAUGAUGACUCUGACACCAUUAGUAAUUACAAUGAGGAGAUCAAGACACUUAAUGAGAAGAUAAAAGAUGUUUCUGUCUCAGGGCUGGAAGAAGAGGAAGACAGCCAUUUUUUUUUUCAUCUGGUUGUAGUUGCCUUCUUAGUAGGUGUUGUUUAUGUCACCUAUCACAAUAAGAGGAAGAUCUUCUUACUGGUCCAGAGCCGGAGAUGGAGGGAUGGCCUGUGCUCUAGGACAGUAGAAUAUCAUCGUUUAGAUCAAAAUGUUAAUGAAGCUAUGCCUUCCCUGAAAAUAACUAAUGACUAUGUCUUUUGAAUGCACUGUGAUUUGAGUUUGCUGAACUUACCACUCUUUGCCUUCCUGGCCAUGUAAUGAUAUUCAGGUAUUCUCAACAUGCUGCUUGACCUGAAGGGAGAUGUACUCACUUUGACCUGGCUGUUCUUUAGGUUAAAUCUCACAGGACAUCAAGGGCAUGAUACAUCUGUUUGCUCCUUUUGAAUCAUGUUUUAUAUCAACUACAGAGACACAGAGUUUUAUAAUUAAUGCUUUUUCUGUUUGUUAAGUCUCCUCUGUCUGCAGCAGAGUCAGUUAAAAAAAAACCAUGAAAUGUUCUAGGUCUAACAAAUUAAUGACUUUGUCAUCACUAAAUGAAAUUAAUGAUCUCUCUGCUAUUCACUUACAUGGCUUGUAAACAUAAUGACUUUUAUCUGUGCCUAAACCCUGGUGCUGCAAAUCUUUCAUUUGUCUCUUUUGGGUUCUGUUUUCUUGUUGCAUCAUUUGAGCCUGGUUUAGGCAGACUAGUGAGGAUGACAAUUUCAGAAUUUCCCUUUGUGUUCAUGCAGUAAAUAAUUUUAGAAAAUACAUAUAACCCAUUUUGUUUCAAAAAUUAUGUAUCAUGUAUUUCCUUACAUAUUCAAGAUCACUGCAGCUUCUGAACAAUUUAUUUCUCUCAGCAGUACUUCUAUUUCAUUGUCUUUAUAAUUAAUGAAUGGAAAAUAAGCCUUGUGGAAUAAUCUUAUAAAAUGUAGUUGACAGGCUGUACAUCAAAGCUUUCUGUUGAAUUGUCAGGCAAUUGGAAGUCAGUUAUGUGGGUUCCAUUAAAAAUGCAAAUAUAAGAAUGAUUUCUUUUGCUCUUCUGACCCAGGUAACAGGCAGAUGAAGCGAAGCUGUGUGAAGCUGCCAGUCUGGACAGCACACACAUUUUUAACCAUAAUUUAGUGUAAAUCAAGUUUCAGGUACAGUAGUGGUUUUGUUUGUUUUUCUUUCAAUUUCUUUUUACCUUGUCUUCUAUACUACCAUUAUUUAUGUUUUCAUGAGUUGUAAGAUAUAAAAUCAUAGUUUUCUGUACAUUCUGUUUCUGAUUUAGUUUUCAGACUGAGAAAUACUUAAACAGAGGUGGAUCAGGACCCCAUAAUUAAUGACUUGGCAUUCAGGUUGCUCUGUAACAGUUUGAAAUCAUCAGCUUUACAACUGUUGGCAUGAGGAGUCUGAAGGCAUGACACUAUCUUACAAAAUGAAGUGCUAAAAGUUUGAAAUCCUUCUGGUCAAUGUGUUCUUUUUGUAACAAGGAGUAAAGCACAAACAAAACAGAACACUUUUCUUGCAGUACUUUUUAUCAUACUUGGACUUGUUUCUCUUGAUGUUUUGAAUAAGGUUUUUAAAAUAAAUGGCAGUAAUAAGC